AUGGACAUAGUAAGGAGUUGUGAUGUGUGCCAGCGGCAAGGAGCCAGCUCACGACGCCACGAGUUACCCAUGACACCUAUUCUAAAGGUGGAGCUAUAUGAUGUGUGGGGCGUUGAUUUCAUGGGCCCAUUUGUGAGAUCCUAUGGGCAGAAGUAUAUAUUGGUGGCAGUGCACUAUGUAUCCAAAUGGGUUGAGGCAGUUGUUUUUCCUGAGAAUGAUGGCAAGAAUGUUGCUGGCUUUCUAAAGAAAAAUAUUUUCUCAAGGUUUGGCACACCUAAAUCCAUUAUCAGCGAUGGCGGUUCCCAUUUUCGCAACAAGGUAUUCAGUGCGCUUCUGGCCAAAUAUGGGGUUAAACAGCACAAGGUGGCAACACCUUAUCACCCGCAGACUAGUGGCGAAGUGGAGGUGUCCAAUAGAGAAAUAAAGGCAAUUCUGGCUAAAAUAGUGAAUGCCAAUAGGACAGAUUGUGCACAAAAGUUAGAUGAUGCUCUAUGGGCAUAUCGGACAGCUUUCAAGACGCCUAUUGGUAUGUCUCCAUAUCAAUUGGUGUUUGGAAAGGCAUGUUAUUUGCCGAUUGAGCUUGAGCACAAGGCACUCUGGGCUUUGAAGAAGCUGAAUCUUAUUCGGGUCGAAACAACAAACCUGUUACUGGAUCAGAUUAAUGAUAUGGAUGAGUUCCAUUUGAGAGCGUAUGAGAGGUCUGCACUAUACAAGGAGAGGAUGAAGUUGUAUCAUGAUAAGCAUAUUGAGAAGAGAACCUUCACCCCUGGUACAAUGGCUCUCCGAAGAAAGAAUACAACCAAACAUUCCUUACCUACUACUUCUCAAUUGGAAGGUGUUAAUGCUUCAGAGUGUAGUAGUUUCGAGGUGCAGAUAAAUACCACCAUUGAGGAGCACUCACCUCGAGCUACUACAGCCCAGACAAGGAGGGCACUUCUCGAGGACACUCCUCCCAGUCUGAAAAGGGAGGAAAAUGCAACCACACCUCCACCUGCAGUAAACACAAAAGCUGAAACUAGAGCACAGGAAGAGGCAGGUGCAGCAGGAAAAAAUGAAGAGAUCACCACCGAUGACACUAUGGUGCAAUAUGUGAACAUCCAUGAAGUUGAUCCUGCAGCGAUACAACAACUGAUUGAUUGUUUCUGCUCUAUGUGGACUUUUCAUCAGUUUGACUGGAUGAACAAUGCACCUGGAGAAUAUUCUAGCCACUCACUGGAGAGUUUUAUUCGUCUUAUGCAGCCACACUGA